AAAUCGCUAACAUACGAUCGACUUUCAUUUUGUUUUUCUUCUUCAAGCAGAAAGCCGGAGUGAUUCGUACAAUAAAACGUUAAAAAGUUUGGCACGGAAUUAAGUGGAAAUUUUAUAACAAUAAUUUAAAUAUUAAAUAAUUAAACAAUUCUAAUAUCAAACAAAGUAAGAAAAAUAAAUAUUGCGUGAAUUAGAAAGAGAAAGGCAGCAGUUAAGGGAGUAAAAAGAGAAUUGUAAAGUGAAAAAGAAAAGUAAAAGAAAUUUGUGCAUUGGAAAGCAGAAAGCGCAAGAGAUAAACAUCUUCUUUCCUACUACUUGUUAUUUGGCUAUUUAUUUAUAAAAAAAAGCUUCAUGAUGUCGUCCGAUCAACAGUUUUUUCUAAAAUGGAACGAUUUUCAAACGAAUAUGGUUACUUCAUUCCGACAUUUACGGGAUGAGAAAAGUUUCACAGAUGUUACAUUGGCAUGCGAAGGUCAAACAUGCAAAGCUCAUAAAAUGGUACUUUCAGCAUGCAGCCCUUACUUUAAGGCGCUCUUGGAGGAGAAUCCCUCUAAGCAUCCAAUAAUUAUACUUAAAGAUGUUUCGUAUAUUCAUCUGCAAGCUAUUCUCGAAUUUAUGUAUGCCGGUGAAGUUAAUGUAUCCCAAGAGCAGUUACCAGCAUUUUUAAAAACUGCUGACAGGCUGAAAGUUAAAGGCUUAGCAGAAACUCCUAGUUCUAUAAAACGGGAGGGUUGAUUAAAAUACAAUGUAACAUUAAGAAUUUUUAAAAUGCAACAAACAGUAAAAUCGUGUUAUUUUUAAUUUCAAUAAUCAUUCAUAGAAAAAUUAGUAUACAAAUUCUUAUCUCUGUACAUAUAUAUCUACAUAAUUAUAUACCUUUAUAAGUAUGCAGAUAUAUAUAACUUAAAUUUUUUAAACAUCUCGACUUGACUUGACGUAUAUUUUUAUUAAGUAUAGAAGUUAAUUGAUAUCUAAUGUAAAGCGAUGUUACAUUUUAAAUAUAACUUGAAGACAUAUUUUGAGCUAUGUCCAACUAACUAUAUACUUGUAUACUCAAAAUAUUACUUCCUUCUUGUGUCACAAUUUAUAUCUUUAUAUCGCAUUAUUUCUUUACUCCUUCAGAUUUUGUAAUAUUUACAUUUCAACUAAUCAGUUGGAUAACUUUCAUACAAGUGCAAAAAUAAAAGAUAAAUCUAAGAAAUAUAUAUUCUUAAAAGCAUCCAAUGUUGAUUGAUCUUAUUUAAAAAUAUGCCACAUUAUGAACGCAUUAUUGAUGUUUACAAUAUUCCAAUAUUUAGUUUAUUAUUUGCUUUUUAUUUAUUAUUCAUUUAAAUAUGACAUAAAUUGUGAAUUUUAUAGUUGUAAAUUAAAAGAAUAUGUAAAAUAAAAUUUCAUUUUAGUAUUAGAAUUAAAAACAUAAUUGUAGUUACAGUUGAAGAAAAAUCUACAUUAAUUACCAUUAAUUUACUUAAUAUAUGUUGUAAAAUACUUUUCCUUUAAGUUGCAUUAAUUUGCAAUUCUGACUAUCUUUAGUUAGCCUUAAAAUAUAUAAACAUUUAUACAUAUGAACGUUAUACAUAUAUAUAAAAACAUAUAUAUUUAUAUAAAUAUAUAUAUAUUUUUUUUUUCUUUUCUUUUCAAUAGACUUAAGAAUUCUAUUUAAAUCACUUAACAUCAAAAUAUCAUUUUUAUUUUUAUUUCACAGAUCGCUAUAUAAAAUGAGUGUUUUAAAGUAGUUAUAAGACUCUACAUUUUAAAAAUUUUUAUGCUAAUUAAAUAAUACAUAUGUAUGUAAAAAUAUAUAUAUAAUUAAAUAAUAAAAAUUACAAAAUC